AUGGUUAAUGAAGUAGAAGAACCUCAUAAUGAUAAUAGUGACACUGAACUAAAGCAACCAAACCAUAAAAAGGUUAAGCUAAAUGAAACCCGUGGAGAAAGUAAAGUUAGAAGUUGGAUCUGGAAAUACUUUGAACCUGGUUUUAAAGAGGGAGUAAGGUAUGCAGUUUGUCAAAUAGAAGUAAUAGUUGGAAAGAAAUGUAAAAAAACCUAUAAGGUUGGUACAUUCACUAGUAAUUGCUCUGAACAUCUUGCAAAUAUUCAUGGAAUAACUAAGAAGCAAGAGGAAGCUGAUGUUGAUGCAAAUCGAAAUCAGAACAUUGUAAAAGCAUUUUCCAAAAAAACUCAUCAUCAAGAAUCGCGUCAGCUUGAAUUAUAUCAGUAUCUUGCAGAUUGGAUUAUAUGUGACUCUCAGCCACUUACU